UUUAAUUCAGGGACACGGACACGGAAAUAUACACGUAUAUAAGAGAGGCGUCUUUUAGCUUCUUUUAAAUCAACGAAAACAGAGGAGACUAUUGCAGUAGGCUAUAUAUCCACACGCUCUUUAUACACACGAUGAAGACACUGGUCGCUAUCGCCGUUGUCGUGACGCUCUUCCCAGUUUCAUUCUCAGCUCGUCUUAAACCAGAUAUACCGAGUAAGGAGUGUAGGUCGUCGUCAGAGUGCGGAAGGAACAGUUGUUGUCGGGAUGAGAGCGGGGCGGUGGUAGGUCGGUUGCACUCGGGAAGCUUCGGCGAUCUUCUCCUGGGCGGAGGUCUGGGGUCUGCAGGGUAUGGUUUGUGCUCAAAUGUGCUCCAACAGAAGGGCGAAGUAUGUGACCCAUCUACAUGUAGCUGUGGCGAAGGUCUGGAGUGCUACCGGCCUAUGUCCGGGGUUUGUUGUCUUCCACACAGGUGUUACGAUGCCGAGUGGGUUGUAGAAAGACGAGAAUAUUGGAGAAAUUGUUUUUCUAAUCCAAAUUGUCAUUUACCUGUAUAAACGCUACCAAUAAUCAUGGACGUUGUUUUGAAAGUGGCUUCCCCCCAUACAUGUUAUAAUUAUAAUAAAAUGGCAUUUAAUGUGUAACUUUCAGAAACAUUUGUUUUUAUUAAAAUGACACUAUUCAGUGGUAAUAUCAUCUUGAGAAUACAUGAAAUCAUAAGAUGUUUCAGGAUGUUAAUUUAUGUUAGAAAAAUGCAAAAGCAAAUAAUAUUAUGUUUGAUAGGAAAACAAGUUUCUGAAAAAGUUUCUAUUGUUCGGUUUAAAUAAAAAAUCGUUUUAUGAUAA